AUGAAUACUGAGGCCAGGGCAAGUAGGAUAUGUACGGAAGGAACAUUUUCACGUUGGGAAACCUCCACCCCGCACUUUGGCACUCUUUUGAUCAGACGUCCGAACGGUGACGCAAGACAUAAUAACAGGAAAUGUACCGGGACACGCGACACAACUACACCCACAGCAAGGAAUCUUUCCAUUGACAAUACUCCCCCAGGGAACGAUUUCCAAAAACGAGUUUACGGUAAUUCCAGCGCGCUCGCACGAUCCGUACAUCGUGGCGCUGGCAUCAGAGGCCAACCACAUAGAAAAGGGCAUGUGGACCCGCACAACAUGGGAACAACGGGGUUCCAUACUACGAAAAUUCAUACAGUUUACAGUGCAGAAAAACCUAGACACGACAGAAGAAAAUACUCCGCUACUUAUCGUAAGUUUGCAAUUGGCAAAAACCAGCGCGAUUCAAUAUACGCGCACACUGAUCGGCAUGAUGGCGUCAGGGAGAACGACCACUCAAAUGUUUUUAAUGGGUUGGCAAAAAACGGCAGCGCAGGACCCGUUAAAACAAGCACGUCCAAUGUGAAGAUGGGAAUUGGAUAUGACAAGCGAUGCUCUUACAAAGGAAAGAAAAAGAGUGGCUUUAAGACUGGCAUGAGUUCCAGCGAGUCGAUGGGGAGAAAUAACACAACUCCAAAAACAAAAUUUCGUACCGCACGAACAAGAUCCCAAUGCCAUAAUAUUGGAUUGGGGCGCGCUGCCAAAAACCUUCAAAAGCGACCCGCACAGAGCGGCCAGGCACGUGGCAAUUCAAGGAGCAGACGCACAACGGGUUCGAGAAACCAUAAAAGGAAUGACAAGCGACGAAAAAGUUAA